AUUAGCCAUAAAAAUCAAUUAUCGGACAAUCAAGAAAAAGCUGUCAAUCUCAAAAAGGAUUUGGCAGAAAUGCAAGAAUGGAUGGCUCAGGCUGAAGAGGAAUAUUUGGAGAAAGAUUUUGAAUAUAAGAAUCCAGAUGAGCUAGAGAAUGCAGUGGAAGAAAUGAAGAGAGCAAAGGAAGAUGUGCUACAGAAAGAAGUGAGGGUGAAAAUUCUGAAAGACAGCAUCAAAUGCUAGCUGCUAAACUGCCAUUGGUGGUCAGGACUUAACAACAGCGCUCAACCUUGUAUGGAGAAUUACCAGCUACUGUGCAACAGGAUCAGAGGGAAAUUGCCACACUUUGGAGGAAGUAUGGUCUUGUUGGAUUGAACUACUACACUAUCUGGACCUAGAAGCAGCCUGGCUGAAUACUUUGGAAGAGAAGAUGAAAAAAAUUGAACACUUGCCAGAAAAAUAGAUGCUGUCAGUGAAGCCCUUGAGUCACUGGAAUCCAUUCUGCGCCAUCCAGCUGACAAUCGGACUCAAAUUCGGGGAGCUUGGCCAAACAUUGAUAGAUGGAGGCAUCCUUGAUGAAUCAUCAGUGAAAAGUUGGAAGUUUUCAAUGCCCGUUAUGAGGAAUUAAGUCAUGUGGCAGUCAGUAAACAGAUUUCUUUGGAGCAACAACUUCAGAUGAUGCGAGAACUGAGCACAUGUUGCAGGUUCUUCAGGAAAGCUUGAAGGAUUUGGAUAGGCAGCUACAUCCUAUUUGACCAAUAGAAUAGAUGCCUUCCAAAUGCCUCAAGAGGCACAGAAAAUCCAAGCCGAGAUUGCUGCUCAUGAGUCUACCUUGGAAGAGCUUAGAAAGAAUGUCUAUUCUUUAAUGUCACCUUCGCCAGAGUGCCGAUCCCCCCGUGGUGGGACUCAUUUGGAUGUCUUGCAGAGGAAGCUCCGGGAGGUAUCCACGAAGUACCAGCUAUUCCAGAACCAGCGAAUUUGAGCAGCGUAUGUUGGAUUGUAAACGAGUUCUGGAUAGCGUAAAAGCUGAACUCCAUAUCUUGGAUGUGAAGGAUGUUGAUCCGGAUACCAUUCAGUUUCACUUUGAUAAAUGCAUGAAACUCUAUAAGACCCUGAGUGAAGUAAACUCGAAGUGGAGACAGUGAUCAAAACAGGAAGGCAGAUUGUACAGAAACAACAGACAGACAAUCCCAAAAGCAUGGAUGAACAACUGACAGCACUGAAAUUCCUUUAUAAUGAUUUGGGAGCACAGGUGACAGAAGGGAAGCAAGAUCUAGAACAGGCAUUGCAACUCUCAUGCAAAUUCAAUGAAGUUUCCCUCUCCUUAUCCGAAUGGUUGGAGGUGACAGAAGCUGAACUAGUGCAUAAGUCCACUUCAGAACGUACACUUUCUGAUCUGGACACUGAAAUCGCUUGGGCUAAGAAUGUGCUGAGAGAAUUGGAGAGGAAGAAAGUCGAUCUGAAUAGUGUAACAGAAAGCAGUGCUGCACUGCAGGCCUUAGUGGAUGAAAGUGAAACUUCUCUGGAGGAAAAACUCUGUGUUCUUAAUGCUGGAUGGAGUAGAGUCCGAACCUGGACCGAAGAUUGGUGCAAUACACUUCUGAAUCACCAAAGUCAACUGGAGAUUUUUGAUGAGAACGUUGCCCACAUAAGCACUUGGCUGUAUCAAGCUGAAGCUCUGUUGGAUGAGAUUGAGAAAAAGCCUGCCAACAAGAAAGAAGAGACAGUGAAGCGCCUAACAUCAGAAUUGGAUGCUGUUAGUCUCAGAGUUGAUAAUGUGCGUGACCAAGCUGUUAUGCUGAUGAGCAGUCGGGGCGUAUCAUGUCAUGAGCUUGUAGAACCCAAAUUGACAGAACUGAAUAGGAACUUUGAAAAAGUGUCACAGCACAUCAGAAGUGCUAAGAUGCUGUUCAGUCAGGACACUCAUAAAAGGUUUGCUAAGCAGGAACUCUGUGGAAUUGCAGUGGCUUCUAAAGACCUUGAUAAAUUUGAAUGUGAGAUAAAGGAAAUGCUGAAUGUAGUGGAAAAGCACAUGGAAUCAAAAGAAGAUGAUGAAAAGCUGGAUGAAGAAAAAGCUCAAAUUGAGGAAGUUCUGCAAAAAGGUGAGCAUUUGUUACAGCAGCUCAUAGAAGAUAACCGAAGAGAAAAAAUUCGCUUGCAGCUCCUCCUUCUUCAGACCAAGCAAAGCAGCGCAAAGGAGCUUCGGUCAUUACAAAGGAGGCAGGUGUUAGAACUUUCACCUUCAUUUACUCCAUAUGAAAUGGAAGCAGAGAGUCGCUUGCAGUGGCUUAGUGAAACAGAUGCUAGUCUUUCUGGACUUCAAGAAGCUGAAGAGAGGGAGAAAACAAAGGCAACUCCACAAAGGAUUCAAGGGGCUCAGUCAUCAAUGAGCAAGGAAUCUCCAUUCCCUGCAGAAUAUCUGGUUGAAAUUAACAAGAUUUUGCUGGUUAUAGCGGAUGCUGAGCUCUUGCUAAAUGCUCCAGAACUUCAUUCAGCAAUCUAUGAAGACUUUUCUACUCAAGAAGAUUCAUUAAAGAACAUAAAAGAUACGUUGGAUAAAUUAGAGGAUCAGAUUGCAGUUAUUCAUGAAAAGCAACCUGAUGUUAUAUUAGAGGCAUCUGGACCUGAAGCUGUUCAAAUAGAAGAUUCACUAACCCAGCUUAAUGCAGAAUGGGAUCGCAUUAACAGAAUGUACAAUGACCGCAAAUGUAGCUUUGAUAAGUCUAUAGAGGAGUGGAGACAGUUCCAUUGUGAUCUAAAUGAUCUCUCACAGUGGCUAACAGAAGCAGAGGGGUUGCUGGCUGAAGCCCACACUCCAGAUGGCAGCCUUGAUAUAGAAAAAGCCAGGAUACACCAGCAGGAACUUGAAGAGGGAAUCAGCAGCCAUAAGCUCAUUUUCUCAACACUGAAUAGAACAGGAGAGGAAAUAACCAGAAACUCUCCAAUACAGAUGGAAAGUUCCUGAAAGAAAAACUAGCUGGGCUGUAUAAACGCUGGAAGAACAUCAAUGCUGAAAUCAUGGAAAGGCAACAGAUACUGAAAGGAAAAAAUCAGCAAUUAAUAGACUUCACCAGGAAACUAGAAGAAAUUAGUGCUGGGUGGAAAAUGUAGAAAAUUCCUGGAUGAGAAACCUGCAAUCAGUCAUGAAGAGAAUUUACAAGAU